ACUACUAACGCUACUGCUGCUAUUUUCGCACCAGGUGAUAAUUAACGCUGGGGAGCUAGGAGGUAAGGUGAGUGAGUGGAGGAAUAAGGUCUCAAAAAGGAGGACACAGGAAUGGCGGCCUCCACGCCCGUCCAGCAAGCCAACUGCCGCCCGCCAUUUCCUCUCCACUGUUUUCUCGUAAACAUCCCCAGAUCUGCUUCUUCCUCCUUCUCUUGCUUCCGCCCCGUCAAUCGCUCUAGCUCGUAAAACCUCCCUUCCGAACUCUUUUGUUCCUCUGUCUACGAACACCCGCAUCCCAAACUCGUCUUUUAUACUAACGCCCGCCAUGUCGGACGAGAAGAUUAUCGCCGCUUCCCAGAAGCACCCCAUCGUGCCGAAUCACAUCUUCAAGUAUGGCACUGCGGGGUUCCGGAUGAAGGCCGAUCUCCUCGACGGUGUCACUUUCCGUGUCGGUCUGCUCUCCGGCCUGCGUAGCCGCAAGCUUGGUGGCCAGACCAUUGGUGUUAUGGUCACGGCUAGCCACAACCCCGCUGUCGACAAUGGCGUUAAGAUUGUCGACCCCAUGGGUGACAUGCUCGAGCAGGAGUGGGAGUCGUAUGCUACGAAGCUUGUCAACAGCUCCUCGGACCAGGAGCUCGUUGACAACUACAAGGCUUUGGCCUCCCAGCUCCGCAUCGAUCUCUCGGCCCCCGCCCGCGUCGUUUAUGGUCGAGACACCCGUCCUUCGGGCCACAAGCUUGUUGCAGCUCUUGCCGACUCCUUCGAGGCCACCGGUGUCGAGUACGUUGAUUACAAGAUCCUCACCACUCCCCAGCUGCACUACCUUACCCGAUGCAUCAACACCGAGGGCACCCCCCAGUCGUACGGCAAGGUCAGCGAAACGGGCUACUACGAGAAGUUUGCCGAUGCCUUCGUCAAGGCUCUCAAGGGCCGCAAAAUCGAAGGCCAAUUGACCGUCGACUGCUCCAACGGCGUUGGUGGCCCCAAGCUCACCGAGUUCCUGAAGCACGUCCCCAAGGACGUGACCGGCUUCGACGUCAAGGUUGUCAACGACGACGUCCUUCGCCCCGAGGUCCUCAACCUUGACUGCGGAGCAGACUUCGUCAAGACUAAGCAGCGUGCCCCGGCCUCUCCCAAGCCUAUCCCUGGAGCCCGCUAUUGUUCUUUUGACGGCGAUGCCGACCGCCUGAUCUACUACUACACCGACCCGGAUACCGGCUUCUUCAUGCUGGACGGCGACCGGAUAUCCACAUUGGCUGCUUCCUUUAUCGGUGACCUCGUCCGUUCCGCUGGCCUCGAGAAUGACCUCCGUAUCGGCGUUGUUCAGACAGCCUAUGCUAACGGUGCAAGCACCAACUACAUCGAGAAGCACCUCGGAUUGCCCGUUGUGUGCACGCCUACCGGCGUCAAGCACUUGCACCACGCCGCCCUCAAGUUCGACAUCGGCCCCUAUUUCGAGGCCAACGGCCACGGCACCGUCCUCUUCAGCCAGGACGCCAUGCGUGCUUUCCGCGAGACGAAGCCCCAGUCCCCUGCCCAGAAGGACGCCCUCGAGACUCUUGCCGCAGUUGGCAACCUCGUCAACCAGACGGUCGGCGACGCCCUGUCGGACAUGUUGAUGGUCGAGGUGAUCCUCGCCCACAAGGGCUGGACUCUCAAGGACUGGGCCUCGACAUACUCGGACCUCCCCAACCGCCUUGUUCGCGUUGAGGUUGGCAACAAGGACGCUUUCCAGACGACUGACGCCGAACGCCGCCUCAGCCACCCUGAAGGUGCCCAGGACGAGAUCGACCAGUGUGUUAGGAAGUAUACCAGCGCUCGUUCGUUUGCUCGGGCCAGCGGUACAGAGAACGCGUGCCGCGUAUACGCUGAGGCAGCCACCCGUUCCGAGGCUGAUGAGCUUGCGAACAAGGUUGCAGGGAUCGUGAAGCGGUACGGUGGAUUGUAAGGCCGAGUCGCAGCUGGAAUCCAAACAUUAACAGUGCAACACUUGGGCUUGGACGAUGAAGAGUGACGGGUGAGUCGUCUCACCGGGAGUCGCGACACGAAAAUUACGGCGUUGUUUCAAAAGCUAGAGCGGAUUUGGUUGUUGCAAGGAGGGGGACUUGCCCACCAAAUUACGAGAUGAACAAGACACGAGACAUUUGAUAUCCAUA